CCUGGCGUUUCCGUUGCUGCGGCAACCGGCUGACGUCGCUGCGGUGGCAUCUCGAGCCGUCCGGUCUUUAAAUGUAAAACUAUUUCAAAACUGGCAAAGUUUGCGAUUGGACAGUAACAAAACUCUGCCAGGACGUAUGUGAACUUCAUAUGGUUUAGGAGUGUUUAGGUUAAUAAUUACAAAAAGUCCCGUUGCCGUUGUUUUUGUGAAGAAGGAGCCUCAAAUCGUCUUUGUAAUUCUAACGUAAACUAGUGGUAUCCUCUAUUAACGUAUUUAAUUUCUUUUACUCGACACCAAAGGCAAUAACAUUUCCAGUAAUGAGUCUCUUUGGCGUGUCUCAGCACCGGUCUGGCAACAAACUAGUGCAGCGAGAGCGAGACCGAAUCCAGAAAGAUGAAGAACUGAAGACCCGAGCCGAGGAACUAGAGAGCAUGAAGGCUCUGGCCACGGAGGUGGAAUUCCAGAGCUCGUCUCAGGCGGGCUCAGCCCGGGACCAGCGGAACCUGAAGCGGGCGCAGGAGGGCGAGCUCAGACUGGCGCGCGCCGCUCUGACGCUGGUGCGCCACGCCGCCCUGCAGGAGCUGCUGGAGCAGGAGCACCGGCAGUACGCGCAGGAGCUGAGCCGACUGGGAAAAGCCUUCUACCUCCAGAGGAGAUAAUCCAGGGAUUCCCGACUCCAGCACCCCAGGGGGGGGACGGGGCAGGACUCGAGGGGAAAGAUCAAUCCCUUCUCCGCGGCUCUGGGUGUCUGAUUCCCCGGACUGGGGAACCUGCUGGAUUGGGGACCUCCCUGCGGGCUGGAUUCCGGAUCUCGGAAUCGCAGGCCGUCGUCCUGCCGAGCACUGCUCCCCUGUCUCCCCGAGCACGGUGUCCCAUCUGCCCACAGCGGCCGGCGGAGUUGUGUCCGGGACAACGGAUCUGGGCGCUGGGAACACCGGGGGCAACGGGCCUCCGGUCAGCUGGAGGUCGGGCUGCGUGUCUGAACCCGGGAUCUAGGCAGAAUCGUCACCUGUCUUUCACCGUUUGAAAUAAAGUUGGGGAGAUUAAAAUGUG